AAUAUUAAAUGAAAAACAAAGAGUAAACAAAUAGAAUAAUAUUUUUUGUUCAUGAACAUGAUGGCAGCUUUGAAACUUGAGUUGGUGUUUCUCAUCGUUACUUUAAUUAGUACUAUCACAAGAGCAUCCAUUCCUCCUCUGAUGAGUCAUCGGCAGCAAUCAGCAGAAAACUCUCUUUUCCGAUGGAGUGACAGCUAUAUUACUCCAUUUAUUUCAGAAAUACCCACAAACACUGUAUAUAACUAUCAACAGGGAGUAGUACGCCUUGGGUUUGUAAACAAUAGUGUUAUAUAUUGUGAUGAUGUCUACCUUAGUGAGUCUCUUGUUCCAACCAAUCCCAUUAAGGUGAACACUUCCCAACAGCUCCGAGCUGAAAGUCUUAUUCUAAAGAAUGGGUUCAAGUAUGGGGCAAGUCAAGUGAUUUUUGAAGGAAAGAUAAGACCAUUUUCUGCAGCAUUUGACGUGUAUCUUCCAUUGGAAAAUACUGUGGCGUAUGACAAACAAAUUCUUACCAAUAUGACGUUUCAGAGUGACCUACGAAAGAUACUCGACAUUCCCAUGAGGUUCCUCUUCUAUAGUGAAAUUUUGAUCGGAAUUCCUCAAGUAACUCCUUCUCCUCAACCAUAUUCAUAUAGUCCGUACUCUUACAGUCCCACUUAUUCAUAUAUUUCUUAUUCUUCUAUGCCAACACCUACUCCAAGUGUUUCCUUCUACAACUACUAUUCUCCUACUUGGUGAAGGAAUCUGUGACCAAUGAUAUUUGCUGUGACUUUUUGAAUGGUAUGUUCUCUGUCGAUCAAUAAAGUUCUUGUUUUGGUUAUAUCAAAAAUGAAAAAGUCACAACUUCC